UUAACAGUCACCAUAACUAACCUACAGAUGUAAACAACAAUGCGAUUUGUCCAAGUUGCUAAAAAAAUGCUUAUCAUUUAUAAUUUAUAUUAACCGUUUUUUUCGACACGACACGGUGGUUUAACACAGCCAUGUUGUGCCCUUCGACUUUGGCUCUCGGCAUCAGGCUGAAAGCUCUGCGCAGCUUCACUAAGCUCUGGUCUGGGAGCUGCUGGUUACGGACCAGUGUAAGCUACACCCAAGGCCAGAUCCCAGAACCUCGCAUUCGCGAAUAUUUUUACUACGUUGACCAUCAAGGACAGCUUUUCCUCGAUGACACAAAAGUGAAGAACUUCGUCACGUGCUUCAAAGAUAAGCAGUUCCUGAUCUUCUUCUUCAAUCGUCUGCGUCUAAAUCAGAGUGGACGGUAUGAGGAUCAAUUCCCCUUCCUUUCCCUGUGUGGACGAGAGAGGAACUUCCUGCGCUGUGACGACAGACCCCUGGUCUUUACCCAUCUGCUGCAGGGGUCUUCAGGUGCAAGAGAUUUGGAGGCACCUGGAGAAACUACAGAGCUGCUAUCAUACUGUGGGGGUGGAGAAAAGCUAUCGGUGCCAUUCUGCCCAGAAGCCCUCUACAUGCACCCUGUAAGUGGGCGGGUGUACCAUCCCUGCUCAGAACGUUUUGGAAGUGUUGGCUUGGUGAGAUCAGCCCUUGCCAUUGAGCUCAGCCCCUGUUUUAUUUAUACACUGGAGCAAGGACAAUCAGGACAGCCUACGCACUUUAUUUGGAGAGGGCAACAGCACACACUCACCAAUGGAAUGGCAAGAUAUUUCCCCAAGGAAGACGGAGAUGCUGGGCAAGAGGGAGGGACUGGAUGAUGUUGACUGCAGUUUAAAGGGAUACCUUGACAUUUGAAAUGAGUCAAAUGUUAUCUUAUAUAAGGCCUAUGUCAGAGAUAGAAACUAACUACAGUGCUACUGUAUGCAGUGCUACCCAUUGUUAUCAAUCACAGGCUGGAGUAAUGUGUGCCUUGGGUUCUAGGAUGUGUCAAAGUGAGAUUGUCACAUUACCUAAAGAUGCUUACUGUUUUGGAUUACAAUACCUAAGGCUACAGUGUCAAUUUACAGGUAUUGAGCUAAAAGCUGCUUGAUAAAUGUGACACAUCUGCGACUAAACUAUAUUUAAAAACUCCCUGUCCGUUCAUUGUGGCAUUUAUAUUUCCAUUCAAGUCAAGGGACUUGGUACGAUAAAGCUAAAGAUUAUAUUGAAUCAUCUUGUGGAAAAAAUGCAAUGCAUCAUACCAGGAUCAAUAUUUGACACUGAAAUGUAUCUUGAUAAUAGUUAAUAUCUGCUCAAUUAGCAUUCUUUUGAUGAGCAUUGAAGGAUAAGCAAUUAAACUUGGACUUAAAUGUUGUCCAAAAUAAGAGUGCCACUGAAUCUCUUGUUUUGCCAUUAUGUUUUGCCGCAACCAUGACUAGAACAAGGGUUUGCAUUGUACCCCCAGUCAAUACAAAUGAGAGACCAUGUUAUAACCAUAGCCUUAAAUUUGAUCCCAGUAAAUACUGUGUCCUGUCCGUGUCCUGACUGAACAAAUACAACCUGACUUGUUUUAACGGGGUCAUGUGUAAUAUUUAGACUUCGCUAAAGCAAACUGUAACUAGUAAUAUCAGCAAGGGUUGCUGGAAGGUCCCCCCUCAUCCCCCGAAGGUCUCGGCCUGCUUUUACAGUCCUCAGAUAACUUUGCAGUGAUCACUGUAAAUGAUAUGAACCAAAGCCAAACUAAAACGGCAGACGUGCU